AUGCUCUCACCACCCUGCAAGAUAUGCCUCGACUUUGACGAGAGCUCACUUCAACCGCCCUCGAGGACACGCUGCACGCUGGAUGAACUAUGCAACUCUGCGCCAGCAUGUUCUACCUGCGGCAUCAUUCUUACCGCUGCCAAGCAUUGUUUUCCAGAGAUUCUCCUGGCGACUAGUUACUUCUCUCUCUCCUUCUCUCGAUUUAACGGUCGUCAUCUACAGAACCCUAGUGAGACGUUUAGUGUGACCGUCUCUGUGGAGGUAGAUGUCGUCGAAGAGGAUUUACCAAAGGAGUUGGUGGGGAAAAUGUUUCGGGAUCGUGAACUUCACAUCUACACUGCCAAAGGAAAACCUUCUCCCUGGCCAGUGUUUGAAGAAGGCCCGGUAAUCCCUUAUAAUACUCAGGAACUGGCAAAACAAGCUAGGAAGUGGAUUGACGACUGCGACAGGAUGCACACGGGCUGUAGAAGGUCUGAAGAGAACAUCCUGCCGAGAAGAGUCGUACAGAUUAUCCAACACUCAGGGACAUCAUCAUGUAGAGCUCGCCUGUACGAGACCUCGCCUGGCGAGCGAGGAUCUUAUGCUUGCCUCAGUCAUUGCUGGGGUAAACACCAGAUAAUCAGGACGACCAAAGACAGCUUUGACCGCCACAAGGGAGAAAUUCCAUGGACUGAGCUGUCGACUACCUUCAAGAACGCCAUUGAAUUCUCGCUUCACCUUGGCAUUGAGUUCAUUUGGAUUGACUCUCUAUGUAUCAUCCAAGAUGACACGCCAGACUGGGAGAAAGAAGCCGUCAAGAUGGCUGACUACUACGCUAACGCUGACGUUACGUUGGCAGCUACUGCAUCACCAGAUGGCACGGUGGGCUUCUAUCCUCCUCGACCUGCACGAGAUGAACCGCUUGAUGUACAAGGACUAGACAAGCAAGGACGACCAUACCAUCUUGUUGUGAGAACUCACAUGAGACAUCCCUACGAAUCCAGCCGCGAUGAAACCUUUAAUGGGGGCACCUACGAGUUUCCUCUCAUGACCCGAGGAUGGGUACACCAGGAACAUGUCCUCUCCCGAAGAUUCCUCCACUUUGGUCCGAGGGAGCUCGUGUGGGAGUGUCAAUCUGUGACGACAUGCCAAUGCGGAGGAACACCUGCAAGACCAACCGUUCGCGAGAGGACGACUCAACUCCUCAGUGUUUCGAAACCUAGCCUGGAUCUAGGAGACCCUAUGGUGAUGCUCAAAUUGUGGUAUCAAAAUCUUAGGAGCAUCACGUCCCUGGAUCUCACAUACAUCCAAGACCGACUCCCAGUCAUGGCUGGUAUUGCGUCGCAGCUCAGCAAGGACAGAACAGGGCGUUAUCUAGCUGGCCUGUGGGAGGAUUCCCUGGUCUCUGAUCUUUGCUGGCAGACGUUUGGCGACGAUAGAGAAAGGCCAGAGACGCUAAAGAGCGUACCGACAUGGUCAUGGGGUUCAGUCUCGGGGCCCAUCGCCGGCCCGUGGGAUCGUGUCCACAGGACGACUUUUACAGCCAAGGUCGUUGACAUUGACUGCAAACCCAGUGGACCUACAUUCCUCGGUCGCCUUGAUCAUGGAAUACUCACUCUAGAAGGGUACGUCGCUCGGGUAAAGAUAUUUCCUCGUGGAGGACGCGGCCAAGGAUUUCCGAGAAUCCAGUUCACAAACGGAGAGUGUCGCUCUUCGGGUCCAUACAAGUUCCAGUUCCAACCUGAUGUGGAAGACUGGACGAUGAAAACUCCAGACUCUAAAGUGCUGGCUGUGGAGAUGGGAACGACUAUCGAAGACGGGCAAACCCAGGAAGCAAAUUAUCUCAUCUUGCAGCCCGCCGAAAGAGGGGGCGGUUUAUUUGAACGUGUUGGAAAGGUUUGGGCAGCAGCAGUAGGAAUCGGCUCGAAGAAGACGAGGGAGGAGGUAGGCCAUGAGAUGUCAUUCCCUGAUUAUUUUGCACAAGAGGCUACUGUUGAAAGGGCCCGAAUAUGUUGA